GAAGGGACCAAAGUCCCCAUUUAUGGCCUUGGGGGAGUUAAUGUGUAAUAUUCUAGGAUAUAAGCAAGCCCAUGAGAUGAGGUCCUGAGCGCAGGCCUCCAGGGAGUGACCGAGAACUGCCUCCGGGAGCUGCCACCAUGUCGGGGAUAUUUGAGAUUAUGAACAUGAACAUGAAGUUGGGGACAACCCUGAAGAUCAAGGGCAAGAUCGCUGAUGAUGCUGAUGGUUUCUCGAUUAAUCUGGGCCAAGCGACAGAUAAACUGGACCUGCAUUUCAACCCACGCUUUGGUGAAUCCACCAUUGUCUGCAACUCACUGGAUGACAACAAAUGGGGACAGGAGAAACGGGAAGAUCACCUGUGCUUUAGCCCAGGGUCAGAGGUCAAGUUCACCAUGACCUUUGAGAAAGAUGAAUUUAAGGUGAAGUUGCCGGAUGGGCACCAGUUGACCUUUCCGAACAGGCUGGGCCACAACCACCUGAGCUACCUGAGCGUGCAGGGUGGGUUCAACAUCUCCUCCUUCAAGCUUGACUGAGCAGGCAGCACCUCACUGGAAUGACAGACUCCUGGCGCUGACUCCCGGUCCUGAGCUUCUUCUCAGUCACACAGGAUUGGCAGCCCUUGGGUCUUGGCUCCCCACCUGCACUUCCUGCCCCUCUGACCCCAUUUUCCUCCUCCAAGGCUAAGAACAAACUAAAGAAUCCAUCUUUAUCUAGUCUUUCUA